AGAGCCUCACUCGUUUUCUGAUUUUCACCCGGAAUACAAGCUGGAAUAACACCGACUUUCCUGGAAAUUCAUGCAUGAUUGGUGAAAUUUGGAAUGAACUACAGAUGAAGACCACAAUGAUUAACGCCUUAAACUGGAUGAUAUCCCUCCUUUGACCAAACAUAUGAACUGAUAGUGAGGCUGUCAGUGAAUGAUCCAAACUGAGACAUGAGUAUGUUUUGGUCGACGGUUUAAAACACACUCUUCUACGAUUAUACAGGAUAUGACUGGAUCUAUAGGUGACAGUCUCACCUACCAUGAUGGAGUCCGGUCUGUCCCCUUCCACAGACCCUCUCAACCCUAACACACUAAGAUAUGUCAAUAACAGCAACAGCAGCUGGAUUGGCCUCCUCGAUGCAGAGGAUCUGAGGAGCAAUCACACCCUGACCCUCCAUGGCCGCUUUCAUAAUGCCUUGCUGGGGAUCAGCCUGGGGUUUCUUUCCCUUCUCACCAUCUUGAUGAACUUGCUCGUCCUCUACGCAGUGAAGAAAGAGAAGAGCCUCCACACUGUCGGGAACCUCUACAUUGUCAGCCUUUCUGUGGCAGAUCUGAUCGUAGGGACCACAGUCAUGCCUCUAAACCUUGUGUAUUUGUUGGAGGAUGAAUGGAAGUUGGGGCGGGCAGUCUGCCAAUUUUGGCUUAUAAUGGACUAUGUGGCUAGCACAGCAUCAAUUUUCAGCUUGUUUAUUCUGUGUUUGGAUCGGUACCGCUCUGUAAGACAGCCGCUUAAGUACCUGAAAUAUCGAACGCGGGGCAAAGCCACUGUGAUGAUUUCUGGAGCGUGGUUGCUGUCCAUGAUGUGGAUUAUUCCAAUUUUAGGAUGGAGGUCUUUCAGUCAUGUAGACCUUAAACCUGAGGAGGAGAACAAGUGUGACACUGACUUCCGCUUUGUCACGUGGUUUAAGGUUGUAACUGCCGUCUUUAACUUCUACGUACCAUCAAUUUUGAUGUUGUGGUUUUACACGCACAUCUACUUGGCAGUACGGCAACAUCUCAGAGACAGAGAGAGAAUCAUUCAUCCGACUGACUCGUUUGGGGAAAAUGAGAAUGGACAAAAUGCCCAGACGCCUGUAAAAAAUGACCCCGAAUCACCAAAGAGGGAAUGUAACGUUCCAAUGAAACUCUCUAAAAAACAACGCUUGUUGGACCAAAACACUCUAGAUCAGCCAUAUUCCCUCGAAGAUCUCGAAAGAACUAAAAUGUCUUUAUCCAGAGCACACAGAAAAAUUGGUGUCAAGCGCCAGCAUACGUCGUUGCUAGCCAUGACAACCAAACGAUUCAGAAUGGGAAAAAAGGUCAAAGGUUGCUCGUUGUCUCCUGAGGAGAAGCAGUCAGACACUGAGAUUCCUCUGAAUCAACCUGCAGUGCCACAGGACAUUAACUGCCCAGAGGGGAAUAAUGAGAACAAAAUUCAAGCGUCUUUAAAUGAAUGUCACGUGACAGUGACAAAGUCAGUGAGUGGUGUCUGUGAUAUCAACCAGGUUUCAGAUGUGCAAAGAUACACCUCCGGUCUCUACAACAACUACGACCCCAGUCACACUCUGCCCUGGACCAAAGAAGAGGCUGAAGAUGCCACAUUGGAAUCAGCAAAUGCAGUGACUCUGAGACAGACGUGGCAAAGGUUUAUUGACCAAUCACGUCAGCGUAUCCAAAGCCUGAGGAUCCACAAGGAGCACAAGGCAGCCAAGCAAUUGGGCUUUAUAAUUGCUGCUUUCUUGUUGUGUUGGAUACCAUACUUCAUAGCUUUCAUGGUCAUGGCGUUCUGCAGAGAGUGUGUGCACCAUGACCUUCACAUGUUCACAAUAUGGCUAGGUUACAUCAACUCCACUCUCAACCCUUUUAUAUACCCACUGUGCAAUGGGAACUUCAAGCGAGUCUUCAAAAGUAUUCUCAAUAUUUGAUUGUGACUGAUAGUUACAUAAUAAAGAAGUAGAAUAGAAUCAUGGGGGUCAAUGUGCUGCUGAUAUACACAGAUACAGUAUAGAGAAAACAUCUGUUGCAUCAAUUCAAUGUCGCAAUCACCCUUGGAUACAUGAGCUUUGUAAAUGCAGAUGAAAACAAUGUAUUUUUCAGUUAUUUUUGUUUGUUGUGAAUCUUAUUUUUACAACUUAUUCCCCUUCAAUUCCAACCCAUGGCAAAAGCUCGGGGAGAUGUCUAACGUUAAUGUUAUUUAUUUUGUCUAUGUUGUGCUUAUGUUAACAAAGCAUGUCUAAGACCAGAGACGCUAAAUAUCAAAAAUAAUCUGAUCUCUCACCCUUGGUGAAAAGGAACGUGAAUCUAGUGUAUUUGCUCUGUGGUCCAGAGCGGAGGA